ACCUGUAAACAUCACCCAGCUCGGAGCUCAUGACUCUCUGGAGGGAUCCAGGGAGUUAUCUGAGUUUGAGCAAGCGAGCCAGCUACAGCUAUGGAUGGCUAGAGAGAGGAUAAAUACAUCUUGAGAGAUGAGUUGAUGGAUCGGUAGGGAGCAAAUAUAAAUAUGGAGAGAGAUGGACGAACGGAGAGAUGGAUUGAGACAGAGGGAAUAUAAAGAGAGGCUGAGGGAGAAAAAUGGAUGUGGGAAUGAGGAGAGAGCAUUUAGGAGGAGAGAUGGAGAGAGAAAUGGGGGCAUUUCUCAUUCUCCAUCUGCAUUGCUGCCCUGUUUCUCUCCCUGAAAUGCCAGCUUCCCACCCUUCCUAUAAUGAAUUCAACAUCUAGAUUCUAGACCCCGCCUCACACCCCGAGGUGUUUUUGCACCCUUUUCCUUCACAGUCUCACAGCCACCCAUUUGGCCCAAGAUAACAUACCUCCCCCGGCUGUCCCAGCCCACCACCCCUGAACAAACUGGGAGAAAGAAGCUGGGAGUGGGAGCCCUGGACCACGCAAGGAGGCUGGAUUCCUUACCUCCCCUUGGGGGGAAGGCCCCCUUGGGGGGGUGGGAAGAGUGAGGGGCAGCUGGGUUGAAUUUGCCCAAAUCUAAUAACCCAGGAGCCUAUUGACGGUCUUGGGGGUUGGGAGGGGAGGAAAGUCUUCAAUAUUCCUCCAACUUUCCCCCCCUCUCCCUCUGGUCCCUUCUUUCCAAAAGUCUUUGAAGAAAGAUGUUUUUGACGCUUCCACGUCGCUCUCAGAUGGAUGGGCUGCGGGUGAUUGAAGUGUCUUUGUCAUGCUAAUGAUUGGGGGGUGAUGGAUGGGCGCCGGGGCUGCCAAACUCUGGCCCACCGCGCCCAUUGGCCUGGGAGAGAUCACAUGCGCCCCUCCACCCCCACUCUCUGCCCCCUUCCUGGGGGAGCGCCGGCCCAGGAGAGCCGGCCCGGGCCAUGGACGCAGGCCUCCGCGCCGUGACAUACUGCCGAAAGGUUGUAGGGCAAGAGGGUGUCUCCCCCGAACGGGCCGACCCUCCUGCGGCCGCCACGCAUGGACUAUAAUAGGAUGAACUCCUUCUUAGAGUACCCACUCUGUAACCGGGCACCCAGCGCCUACAGCGCCCACAGCGCCCCUACCUCCUUCCCCCCCAGCGCGGCUCCCGAGCUUGACAGCUACGCAGGCGAGACCCGCUAUGGCGGGGGGCUGCCCAGCCCCGAGCUGCAGCAGAACCCAGGCUAUCCCGUCCAGCAGCCGCCUCCCGCCCUGGGGGUGCCCUUCCCCAGCUCCGCGGCCUCGGGGUACCCCCCGGCCACUUGCAGCCCGGGCUACGGGCCUUCCCAGUAUUACCCUCUGGGCCAAGCAGAAGGAGACGGAGGCUAUUUCCAUCCUUCCAGCUAUGGGGCCCAGCUAGGGGGCUUGCCCCACGGCUAUGGGGCUGGAGGCGCGGGCCCCGGGCCAUACCCUCCGCCGCAGCCCCCGUACGGGCCGGACCAGAGAGGCGCCUUCGCCCCGGCCUAUGCUGACCUCCUCUCCGAGGACAAGGAGUCGCCCUGCACGUCAGAGCCCAGCGCCCCCACAGCCCGGACGUUCGACUGGAUGAAGGUGAAGAGGAACCCGCCCAAGACAGCCAAGGCCUCGGAGCCGGGCCUGGGCGCGGCCGGCGGCCUCCGGACCAACUUCAGCACCAGGCAGCUCACCGAGCUGGAGAAGGAGUUCCACUUCAACAAGUACCUGAGCCGCGCCCGCCGCGUGGAGAUCGCCGCCACCCUGGAGCUCAACGAGACGCAGGUCAAGAUCUGGUUCCAGAACCGGCGCAUGAAGCAGAAGAAGCGCGAGCGGGAAGGGGGCCGCCUGCCCCCGGCGCCCCCGGGCUGCUCCAGGGAGGCCGCGGGGGACGCCUCCGACCAGUCCGCCGGCACCUCCCCCGAGGCCUCGCCCAGCUCCGUCACCUCCUGAACCAAACCCCCACCCGACGGGGCCCCCGGCGCCG